CGACUCGUCCAGUACUGCAGCAACGGUACCCGCGCAAGGAUGGCGUGUGCGCGCGCCCUGUUCGCGGUCGGCGUCCUCGCAAUACACGCAGUGUUCGCGGCGGACAAGCGUCAGCCGAUCAAGGAGGCCCUGUUUCUGAACAGUGACCAGUUCGGCAACGCGACCUUUGAGGACUGCGUGUGGAGGCGGGAACGGGAGCCCUGCCCCGACCCUGAUGUCAAGCUGCAUCUCUACACCGAGGCCGAGCCCUCGAAGAGAGUGGUCGACUUGUUCAGCGAGGACUGGCUGCGGCAGAGCGGCUGGGAGCCGGCGCAUGAAACUAUUCUCCUGAUCCACGGAUAUGCGGGCGGCGACGAUACGCUGCCAAUCAGCGUGCUGCGUGACGCGUACCUCCGGCGCGGCGGCUACAACGUGUUCAUGCUGGACUGGGGCGCGCUGUGCCAGCCGCCGUGCUACGUGUCGGCCGUGCACAACCUGCGGCCGGCGGCGCGCUGCGCGGCCGAGGCGCUGGGCUCGCUGCGCCGCGCCGGGCUCCGGCCCGACCGCCUCACGUGCGUGGGCCACAGCCUCGGCGCGCACAUGUGCGGCAUCAUCGCCAACUAUCUCACGUUCCGACUCAAUAGGAUUAUCGGUCUGGACCCGGCGCGGCCGCUGAUUCGCUCGGCGCCGGCGCUGCGCCUGGACCCGGGCGACGCGCGCGCCGUGCACGUGCUGCACACCAACGCGGGACGCUACGGCGAGGCGGCGCGGCUCGGCCACGCCGACUUCUGCCUUAACGGCGGCCGCAGCCAGCCUUUCUGCGAGGACACGCCCAACGAAGCGCUGUGCAGUCACAUCUGGUCCAUUUGCUACCAGGCGGAGAGUUUGUUCAUCCCGCGCGCAGCGGCGCCGUGCGGGCGGCGCUGCUCCGUGCGCGUACCGCCUUCCAGGGCCUCGGCGCUGCCCGUGCUGCUGGGGCAGCCCGCGCCUAUGACCGCAUCCGGUGCGUACUGCGUGGAAGACUUCGUGCCGCCCUUCUGCCCGCAGCAGGCCGGCGCCGAGGGCGACCCGCGCUGCUGCCUGGACGCGCAGUACGAGGCGGCGGCCACGGGCGAGCCGCCGCGCACGCGCCCGCGCCCGCUUGUGCGACUCCGCGCUAGGAGGGUCAAGAACAUGGAGGUCGAUUCCAGUGAAGUGCAGGACUAGUUCGGCACGAGCGUACAGUCUGUAUCUAAUAUGUCGUAACACACCUUUGUUACCUUAAAAAUAAGGAUGUGUUCCGAUAUACGUGGCCGUCGCUAUCUAUUUGAUGCUGAUUGUGCCAUGACAAUUUGUAACUAAGCUCUGCCCGAGAGUGCCCGAGAACGCCUGUAAAUGUAACGUCUGUGUGCGUGCGGCGAAAAUGGCACUUUGUACUGAGCGGACUCUCUGCUCCGGCGCGCGCCGCCGCUAUUUACUUUGUGGUGUAGGGCCCGAGUGGACGCUCGCCUUGGGCGUGCAGCGGGGCAGGGCGCGCGGCGUGCAUGUUAAACAAAUGCAAACGUAUAGGAGCGGCCUCAGUGUACGCUGCUCACAUCACUUGUGAGCCCGACGCCACGCUGCACGCCACGGCGAACGCUUGGCUUCGAGCGUCCACUCAGGCCUUACACUUAUUAUAAAGAUGCAUUACUUUUCUAACAAUAAUUUUGUGAAAUUCAGCUUCACCUACGAACAUUUAAUUUAAACAGUCUUUUGAAGUACAAAGGAGUUUUCGUUAAAAUACUGGGGGCCUACUGUGAAAACCUAAAUUCGCAAAUUGCAGGGAUCUUUCACUUUUACUCUUACUAAUUGUAAGAUUUAAUUAGAGUGACAGAGAAAAAUUCCCGCAAUGGACUUGGAUUUUCGCGGUUAUAGCCCUGAACUUCAUACAGAUUGGUGUAUUGUUGAAUUUACGUAGGGAAUAGUUGAUAUUGUGCCAGGUUUGAUUAUAUGUUUCAAAGAGUUGUAUUUGUGUACUAAUAAAGUUAGCUACGUCACUUUCAAUUGGGCGCACUUAGGAACAUAAAAUAAAUAAAAUUUUAUUUUAUCGUUAGCAUACAUGCUUUUAACAAUAACAGAUGCAAAUAACACAACUCAAUCAUAAAUCACGAAUAUAAUUUCCGGGGCAAAGAAGCAUGUGCUUAGUAAGAAAUGUGCUAAUCAAAUCUUAAGUUUAAGUAUAAAUCAUUAAUUAUUUUUAAUAAAGGUGAUAUUAGCGAUAGAGCUGAUAUCAAAACUGAAAAUGUAAGACAAAAUUUCAAUACCAUAUAGUGGGUAUCUAUAACUCCGUGAAAUCGUUCACCAUAAUUGAUAAGUUUAUAGUAGGUAAUUAUAAGUAAUUUAUGUACAGAUUGGAUUGGAGAUUUUGAGCCAAAGAAGUAAAAUAAAUUAUAUUAAAAUUUAGAAAA